CUGACAGUGACAUAAAAUUAUUUAUCAACUUGUCCGAUGUAUCGAUGUAAAAAAAUAAAGAUUACAAUUAUUAAAACUAGGAUAACUAGCAAUAACUAGAAUAAAUUGAGUAAUAUAAGAUUUGUAUCCAAUCUAAUGGCAGGGACAUACUAUUUUGUUAUUGUAGGUCAUUCAGAUAAUCCAAUUUUCGAAAUGGAUUUUGUACCCAUUACCAAAGAAGUAAAGAAAGAAGACAAUAGACAUCUCAAUCAGUUUAUAGCGCACGCUGCACUAGAUCUGGUGGAUGAGCAUAUGUGGAAAGUAACCAACACUUACCUCAAGUCUGUAGAUAAGUUCAACCAGUGGUUCGUGUCUGCAUUUGUGACAGCAAGUCAGAUGAGGUUUGUGAUGGUACAUGAUGCUCGUAAUGAAGAUGGUAUUAAAAACUUCUUCAAUGAUGUCUAUGAAGCAUACAUCAAGCUAAUGCUGAAUCCCUUCUACAAAGAAGAUACACCAAUCACAUUCCCUGCAUUUGAGAAGAAAGUACAAUUUCUCGGAAAGAAAUAUUUAACAUAAUGAAAUUUAAAUAUAGCUUUAUAUAAUGUAAAUAUGUUAACUAAUGUAUAUCAGAUAAUAUAAUUUUCAUUGUUCAAUUCAAAUGAAAGGACGGUAUAGUUACUAGAGGGAACUAUUAUCUAUUAUAAGUAAAAUUUAUGGCAUCAGAACUGAACUAUUAAUAAGAGAACAAUAUCAUCAGCUGGUAGUCAUGAGUGUGUACCCAUGUAAAUGCUAUUGAUAGUGUUUGUUUAAUUUAAAAUAUAAGCAUUUUGUAAUUAAAGAGUACAUUAUUACUAAAAAUAUACUAUCUUAUGGCAUCCAUCUUAUAUCAAUGGGUGUCGGCAGCUGCCCUGCCCCAUGUCUGGUAGACUCCAAAAAUUAAAAAUGGCCCACUGCUAGAUGUUGGACUAGUAAAAGUACCCAUCAGUUGGCGACACCCAUACCUAGGC